UCCUACGGUCCCAACAGCGCCUGGCGCUGCAAAGUCUGCACCAAGGAGGCCGAGCUAAAGAAGACGACGGGAGACUGGUUCUAUGACCAGAGGGUCAACCGUUUCGCCAACCGGCUGGGCAGUGACAUGGUGCGGCUGUCCCUGCGGCACAGGCCGGCAGCCAGCAAAAGAGAGACCGUGGGACAAACCCUCCUCCAGAAAGCCCAGCUCAGUGAGCCCAAAAGCUCCUCCGCCGCCCGGCAGCAGAGCCCCCUGGCACCCCAGGAGGGGCCCAGUUUGUUUCCAGAUGCCUCAGACCCUCGGGAUGGCAAAAGCGACACAGAGUCCAUGGAAAACAUGAGCCUGGAUGGCUGCAGACCUAGUCCUGGGGGCAUGGGGGGCAGGAGUAACUCCCUGGAGAGAGCUGCUCCUCUCAGGGACGGAAAACAGGUUGCUGCACCGGCAGGACCCGCUGCCUCCAGCCUGACCCUCCCUCUCCGCUCCAAAAACGUGCUCUCGGACAGACGGGUGCGUGAUGCCGCCAUGGGGAGCCGCAGCAGCGCCUUGGUGGAUGAGCAUGAGACGAUAUUCAAGAAGAAUCCCCGACGGGUGGUGAGGCCUGCGGACUACACCAAGUCGGUGAUCGACCUGCGCCCAGAGGACUUCGUGGGGGAAGGAGGCUCUUUGGGGGACAGGAGCAAGUCGGUCCCUGGCCUCAACACGGAGCUGGAUGAAGAGGGACUGUCCAGUGAUGCUGCCCCGGGUCAGCCCUGCCAUGUCUUCCAGAGCACGCUGGGGAGCAUGGUCAGCAUUUACAGCGAGGCCGGUGACUUUGGCAACGUCGCGGUCACCGGGGGAAUCUCCUUCUCCCUGAGCUACGAGCAGAAGACGCAGACCUUGUUCAUUCACGUGAAGGAGUGUCGCCAGCUGGCCUACGGGGAUGAGGGCAAGAAGCGCUCCAACCCGUACGUGAAGACCUACCUCCUGCCCGACAAAUCCAGGCAAGGGAAACGCAAGACGACCAUCAAACGCAACACCAUCAACCCCCUGUACAAUGAGCUGCUGAAGUAUGAGAUUAACAAGUCCCUCCUGCCUGCGAGGACACUGCAGUUCUCAGUCUGGCACCACGAUCGCUUUGGCCGAAACACGUUCCUGGGGGAGGUGGAGGUCCCGCUGGACGCCUGGAACUUUGAGAGCCACCUGGAGGAGUUUCUGCCCCUGCACGGCAAGAUCGGGGUGGAUGCUGCUGGUCUUCACCAGUACAAGGGGGAGCUGGUCGUCUCCAUGAAGUACAUCCCAUCUUCCAAGCACCCCGGGGCCGGGAACGGCAGGAAGGGCAAAAUGGGAGAAGGUGGUGAGCUCCAAGUCUGGAUCAAAGAAGCCAAGAACCUCACGGCUGCCAAAUCUGGGGGGACAUCAGACAGCUUUGUCAAGGGCUACCUCCUGCCACACAAAAACAAAGCCUCCAAAAGGAAGACACCCGUGGUGAAGAAGACGCUGAACCCUCAUUACAACCACACCUUUGUCUACAACGGCGUCAACCCUGAGGACCUGCAGCACAUCUGCCUGGAGCUGACAGUCUGGGACCGGGAGCCACUGUCCAGCAACGACUUCCUUGGGGGUGUCCGUCUGGGGGUGGGAAAUGGCAUGAGCAACGGGCAGGCUGUGGACUGGAUGGACUCCAUGGGCGAGGAGCUGAACCUGUGGCAGAAGAUGUGCCAGUACCCAGGCUCGUGGGCGGAAGGGACACUCCAGCUCCGCUCCACCAUGGCCAAGCUGAGGCCGUAG